CCUGAGUGGGGCGCGAGGGUCCUUUUCUUCUCCUUCCCGAGCAGAGGCAGAGGCGGCAGGUGGAGAGCGAGCAAGGCCGCCCUUGGGUUCCAGGAGAGGCGGAGGAGGAUGGCGGAGGAGGAAGAAGAGAGUUUUCCAAGAAGGAGUUAAUUCCGGAGAGCGGUCUGUGACAUUAUGGCUCCGUACCAAAGGGGAAAAUUACCCUGCGGAUGAAACGAGGAGCCUAACACCUAGGAUGAAAGAUAUAUCUACCACUGUGAUACCAGUGAUGACAUUUACAUUGGACUGAACCCUUUUCAGAUGGCCAUUGGACUGGAAGUAUUAAAACGAGUUCUUGAAACUGCGGAUUGAUGCAAGCAAUUUCAAAAUCUCAGGUAUAAAGUAAACAUGGUGCAAAAGUAUCAGUCUCCUGUUCGAGUCUACAAAUACCCCUUUGAGCUCGUCAUGGCGGCUUAUGAAAAACGCUUCCCCACUUGUCCCGAGAUCCCGGUUUUCCUGGGCAGCGAGGUCCUUCGGGAAUCCAAGAGCGAUGACGGAGCCCUUCAUAUCAUCGAGCGAAGUUGCAAAUUAAAUGUGGAUGUGCCUCGAUUGCUGAAGAAGAUUGCUGGAGUAGAGUAUGUCUUCUUCAUUCAGAAAAACACAGUGAACUGGAAAGAGAGGACUCUCCUUAUUGAGGCUCGUAAUGAAACAUUUGCCAGUCGGGUCAUGGUGCUGGAAACCUGUAGCUACUCAGUUCACCCUGAGAAUGAAAACUGGACCUGCUUCGAACAGUCCGCAUCUCUUGACAUCAAAUCAUUCUUUGGCUUUGAAAACACGGUGGAGAAGGUUGCCAUGAAGCAAUACACAGCCAACAUCAAGCGGGGCAAAGAAGUGAUAGAACAUUAUCUGAAGGAGCUGAUUUCCCAAGGGAUCACGUUUAUUCCCCGGUGGACACCUCCCGCAGAAAAGGGGGAACCGGACCCGCGGUCUCCGUCCAGGCGCAGCAGUGGCACCCUGCUGCCGGAAUCCCACUCGCAUGGAAGUGAGAAGGAGCAGCGGGGCACCGCUUGUCCUUCUGGGGAGGCAUCCACUCCCGACGCUGACAAACUGGAUACUGAUUAUAUCGAAAGGUACCUUGGCCAGCUGACUCCCAUGCAGGAAAGCUGCCUGAUCAGACUCCGCCAGUGGCUGCAAGAAACGCACAAAGGCAAGAUUCCCAAAGAUGAACACAUCCUCCGAUUUCUGCGGGCCCGUGACUUCAAUAUCGACAAAGCCCGGGAGAUGCUCUGCCAGUCGCUGACCUGGCGCAAGCAGUACCAAGUGGACUACAUCCUGCAAACGUGGCGGCCUCCGUCCCUCCUGGAGGAAUAUUAUACCGGCGGGUGGCAUUACCACGACAAAGAUGGAAGACCCCUCUACAUACUUCGACUGGGCCAAAUGGACACUAAAGGACUUGUGAAGGCCCUGGGAGAAGAAUCUCUCCUUCGUCACGUGCUAUCGAUCAAUGAGGAAGGACAAAAGAGGUGCGAGGAAAAUACCAAUCUCUUUGGCCGCCCCAUCACAUCCUGGACCUGCCUCGUCGACCUCGAAGGGCUGAACAUGCGUCACCUCUGGCGCCCCGGAGUGAAAGCCCUGCUCCGGAUCAUUGAGGUUGUCGAAGACAACUACCCAGAGACCCUCGGAAGGCUUCUGAUUGUGCGCGCACCCAGGGUGUUCCCUGUCCUGUGGACGCUGGUCAGUCCUUUUAUCAAUGAGAACACCAGGCAGAAGUUCCUCAUUUACAGUGGCAACAACUACCAGGGUCCUGGAGGGCUUGUAGACUACCUUGACAAAGACGUAAUUCCGGAUUUCCUGGGAGGAGAGUGUGUGUGUAAUGUGCCUGAGGGUGGUCUUGUCCCCAAAUCGCUGUAUCAGACAGAUGAAGAGCCGGAGAUUUCUGAUCAUAUACGUCUCUGGACGGAAACCAUCUACCACUCUGCAAAUGUUUUCAAAGGGGCUCCCCAUGAGAUAGUGGUGGAGAUCGUGGAAGGGGAGUCCGUGAUCACCUGGGACUUCGAUAUCCUGAAGGGAGAUGUAGUCUUCAGCCUCUUCCACUCCAAGCGGUCGCCUGAGGCCAGCCGGAAGGAGCCUGCUAUGCCCAAUGCGUUGUCUGCUGGGGAUAAUGUCCAGCUCAUCGGAAAGAGCUGGAUCCUAGGGGUGGACUAUAGCCGCGUUGAGUCUCCCCUCACCUGCCGGGAAGGUGAAAGCAUACAGGGUUCCCACGUGACUCGCUGGCCGGGCUUUUAUAUCCUCCAGUGGAAAAUGCACAGUCCGAGCCCUUGCGCCGGGAGCAGCCUCUCUCGGGUGGACGAUGUCCUGGCCACGCUCCAGGUUUCCAACCACAAGUGCAAGAUCAUGUAUUACUAUGAAGUGUUGGCUUCCAAGGAGUUCAGAGGGUCCAUGACAAGCCUGGAAUCAUGCAACAGUGGCUUUUCACAGCUGAGUGGAGCUACCACAUCUUCUAACCAGUCUCAGAGCAGCUCCCUGAUUUCUAGAUAGCACCGUUUAGGAGCAGCUGAAAGAUGGAGAGAUGCUUUUCUCGGGGCUGACCUGACCCUCGAUGGAGCCAAAGAACGGUGAAUGAUGGGCCAUUUGGAGAACCACAAAUCCAGACCCAACGGGAGUCGCUUGAAGUCCUUAUUUUUUCCCCUCCAGGAAUAAUUCCCAAUCUUGAAGACUGGGGAUUGGGUAUGAACAGAGCUGUGCAUUAGAAUGCAUCAUAUCAUUUUCUGGGUUUAUUUGCAUGGAUUUUUACAUGAUUCCUAUGGUCAAAGGGCUCUAUAACUCUACACAGACGUGGAGCUAUGUGGCAUUGCCUUACCUACUAGGAGACUGCGGAGCUGUCUUUUCUCGUGUAGCAAAAAAUUAACCUUGGGACAUCAGCACAGAAGAUUCCUCGGUAGCAGGGCUAAGAUGCACAACGCUAGUGUGUAUAUAAUAGAUUUGGGGCGAGGGGCGGGAUAGACCAGACUUCUAUUAGUAAAGAAGCGGUUAUGGGGCUGGCUAAUUGCUGGCUUACACCCUUUGGCCCCCUUGGACGGGCUAGAAACACAUUUUCCUGCACUGAAAUAGCUUCUUUUCGUAAAGGAGUCAGUCCUGAUUGCCCCCUUUCCUUCCUCAGGUCUAUGAGCAAUAAAUGAGUCGAUCUUGGCCCCGUCCCUGGUUUCAGGGCUAGGAAACAGGUGCCAUGACCAAGGGCUACGCAAAGCAAUAUUUGAUUUCUACAGGCACAAAAGCUCUUUUGCCAUGUCGGAGAAGCUGCUGUUAUUUAUUUUUGGGGAGCAGGAGCUAUAACACAAGCCAGGGGGGUGGGCACUUUAAGUGUGUUUGUGGCCAAGUGCGAGUGUCUUAUAACUUAUAUUCUCAAGGCAUAUUUAUUCUAGUAUAAUAACGUAUUUGUAAUGUUUUAUAAGUCAACAAUUUAAGGAAUAUUCCCACUCUUUUCUGUGCUUGUGUGAGCAGCACCUCCAGCUUUAUAACGUUUUACCGAAAUGUGGUUUAAUAACUGGAUAUUUUUGGAGCUCCGUUACACAGAAUUAACCGCACGGGCCUCCUUCAUUUAACUGCUUGCAUCUAAGAAUAUGGUUUUAAGUCUUAAUGGGAGAAACUGCUCUGUUGAAGAAGGCUGUGAACUAUCAAGAAUAUUUUUUUGCUAAGUUAUUGAUGUUCUGAAAAAAGCAUUAAGGACUAAGCUAAUAUCAGUAUUGAGCAGGCAUUAUAUGAUUGAUGUGCUGUCGAAGGAUUUCAUGGCCGGAAUCACUGGGUUGCUGUGGGUUUUCCGGGCUGUAUGGCCAUGUUCCAGAAGCAUUCUCUCCUGAUGUUUCACCCACAUCUAUGGCAGGCAUCCUCAGAGGUUGUGAGGUCUGUUGGAAAUUACGCAAGUGGGGUUUAUAUACCUGUGGAAUAAUGUCCAGGGUGGGAGAAAGAACUCUUGUCUAUUGGAGGCAAGUGUGAACGUUGCAAUUAAUCACCUUGAUUAGCAUUGAAAACUUUGCAACUUCAAAGCUUGGCUGCUUCCUGCCUGAGGGAAUCCUUCGUUGGGAGGUGUUGGCUGGCCCUGAUUGUUUCAUGUCUGGAAUUCCUGUUUUCUGAGCAUUGCUCUUUAUUCACUGUCCUGUUUUUAGAUUUUUUUUAAUACUGGUCGCCAGAUUUUGUUCAUUUUCAUGUUGAAAUUGUCCACAUGCUUCUGGGAUUUCAGUGGCUUCUCUGUGUAGUCCGUCGUAGUGGUUGUUAGAGUUGUCCAGCAUUUCAGUGUUCUUAUGUAUGUCACAGUGACAUACACAGAGAAGCCAUUAUAUUAUUCCUAGUUGUAGGUUCCGCAAUGAUUUAUAGUGCAUGUUUUGAUGAAAGUGAAGCCAGUUGGGAUAAAGAUUGCAGAAGGUGAUUAUCUUUCUCACUUUCAGGACUUGAGUUUGGGAUCGUCCAGUGAAAUGGAUUUGUGGCAAGUUUGGGAAAGACCCAAGUAUUUAUUGGUAUUUAUUGGGAUGCUCUGUCCAAAGAUGUUGGCAGGAGACUUUGAAGGAAGGGGUGAGGGCUUGGUUGUUCUGGGAAGAACCUUUGAGGCCAUGCAGCCUUUUACUUUGGCUUCCAUUAGACUAGUUAGCAGUGUGGAUUUGGGAAUGCAUGGAAGUGCUCCCAGAGCAAGGGCUUCUACUGCUACCAGUCCAAAUACAUUGUGCAAUGAUUCCAUCUUCUCCUCCCCGAAUGCUUUGAUCAACAAGUACUUUUUAACUAGUGAGCCAUGGAGAUGCAAAAUGGGAGUACUGUAUAGCAGCCAUUCCUAAACUGGAUUCCCCAGCCUAGGUUCUCCUAGAGAUCUGUUUCAUAUUUUGGGAUGAGCUCAGAGUAAACCUGGGGAGCAGGUAGAUUCAGGCUAUGGGUCCUGAUAUAUGAUACUGAUAUGUUCAGAUAAUAUGUUGAAAUCAAGUGCCAAAUAUAUUAAACCAUCUCUGAUCCUAUUA